GGAAGUCUUUUAUGAGUCAAUAUCUUCAAUACAAAAACCAGCUUCCUGGUAAAGACAUACGGAUUGGGAAGAGUCAGUUGUAUCUCACCUAAAGUCACAAAAAAGGAGAUUUUCACGAGAAAAAACUGAACGUGUUGGCUUUCUUCCAUAUAUGAGUGGCUAAGGAUCUGAUUCGUCUUUAUGCUGGAUGAUUCUUUGAAGGAUGCUAUAGCAGGAGGAGCUGCUGGGUUUGCGUCGUCUCUUGUUGUCGCACCUUUGGAUGUAGUGAAGACUCGGAAGCAAGCUCAAAAAGCUCGAAUGUCCGUGCGCGGGGCGUCAGCUUUAGGAGCAAUGGAAGGCACGCUACGCUCGAUCCAAAGGAUUUUCAUUCACGAAGGAAUUCCUGGCUUGUAUCGAGGCGUAGGACCUAUGAUGUUAGGGUACCUGCCUAGCUGGUCAAUCUACUUUGCUGUCUAUGAAAAAUCUAAAGAACUUUUGGGCGUAAACAAACGAUCUUCACAACAAAACCAGGGUUCCAAAAAGAACGCGGAAGAGAUAAUUGAGGACGCAGAUCCUGAACUCUACAAAUUUUGGUUUCGCCAGACUGCUUCUGCCAUCUUCGCUGGCGCUGCAAGUGUAACCUUUACGAAUCCAAUUUGGGUUGUUAAGACGAGAAUUGUAACUCAAUCGCAUCCGAAAGCAAACCCUCUAACUGAUAAUGCAGCCGCUGUUACAAAUCUUCAGUUUCGUAAUCUUCAGACGGAUGCCCAAUCUUGUAAAAAACGUCUUCCUCUCUUUUGGUUAAAACGACGAAUUAAUAUUAAUGACGAUUGUAAUCCCCUCCGCCUAGAACAACCCACUGGACCGGCUUGUUCUCCUACUUAUAGAAAUACGCUUGAUGCAUUUCGAAAGAUAUACAAAUAUGAGGGUAUCAAAGCGUUUUAUAGGGGCUUAACGCCUUCUUUAUUUGGUACCUUGCAUGUUGGUAUACAAUUCCCAUUAUACGAGUUUUUUAAAAAGUCUUUUGAUGAUCUGUUUGAAACCCAAAGAAACGUUCACAUUAUUCUUGCUGCUACCCUGUCGAAGGUAACUGCCUCCGCAAUAACCUAUCCCCAUGAAGUUUUACGGACACGAUUACAGAGCCUAGAUGCUCCAACUCAUAAUUCGAUGGCUUUACUCAUUCGAGAUAUAUGGAGAUUGGAGGGCUGGCGUAAAUACUACGCUGGCAUGGGUACUAACUUCCUCCGUACUAUUCCCGCAAGCUCCGUGACAAUUCUGAGUUUUGAACUCGUUCGUGAUUACCUUAAUUAAUAUAUUUUCCCCCCAUUCUCCCAAUGACAUUUUUAUAGAUCCUAUUCUAUGACUAUAUGAUUUAUCAAGUUUUAAUUUUGAAAAACUCCCUCCACGUCAUCUUUUAAAAGAAUCCUAUAAUGAUUUUGAAAGUCUGUUUUUAUGAAAGUUGACACCGUUUCAAUUGGUUUGGUCUGCAAGAAUCCACUAGUCAGAUUUCUUUUUUCCUCUUUUACUCAAAACAUCGCGCUUUUUUCUAUCAUAUUUUUUUUUCCUUAAAAUAAUAGACCAGUCUUGUAAAUUCUUCUAUGAUAUAGUAAACUGAAAAACAAGAAACGUUUUCAUCAUUAAGAAUCUCUUGCGCAUGGAAGGAAACUGAGAAGUCGUACUUUUUAGUUAGAUGAAUAUGAAAAAUAGCACAAACGUAGAAAAUAAGCAUCUAAAGUAAAAUAAUUAUUGGAGCAUUUACUACCUGGC